GUUCUUCUAUGCUCUCAGCAAUACUUUUUUAGACGUUCUAGCCCCAUCUAUGGCACUUCCAUGGGUUAGAAAUUGAGUUUGAAUAGUCGCCAAGGCUGCCCGACCCCGCAUCGGACGCGGAAGUUCUCGGCCGAGAACCCCACCCUUUUCUUUCAAAGCGUAUUUAAGUGACUCUGUUCCUCUCUUGAGGCAUUUCAAGCCUCGCAAGAUGUCCUCACUGCUCGAAGAAACUCCUCUCGACAAGGCACUUUCCUCUGCGCUCGAAAGGAGGCGGAAGAACGGAUCGCUGCGCACGAUCGCCGAAGAUCCGCCGACGGAAACCAAGGUCGAUUUCUCGUCGAAUGACUACCUCGGCUUGAGCCGCAACCCCGAGCUACGGCAGCAUUUCCUUGACUCUCUCCAAAAAUCAGAAUAUAUUCUCGGAUCUGGCGCUUCUCGGCUCUUGGAUGGCAACUCUGCGGACCACAUUGCCCUCGAGAAACGACUUGCAAAGUUCUACGAUGCGCCGGCCGCUUUGCUCUUCAACUCCGGCUACGAUGCCAAUGUUGGUAUUUUUUCCGUCCUGCCACAGCUUGGAGACGCCAUCAUCUACGACGAACUCAUUCAUGCUUCUGUGCACGAUGGUAUGCGGGCAUCCCGAAUCCCGAAAGAGCUCCGGAUCGCCUUCGAGCACAAUAAUGUGGAGAGUGUUAAGGACAUACUAGCAGCCCUCCUCGCCGCCAACCCUCCAUAUCUCACCGGAGAACGAAGCGUAUUCGUGGCUGUGGAAUCGCUCUAUAGUAUGGAUGGAGACUUUUCACCUCUCGCCGAUAUCGUUCGGACGGUGAAAGAGUUCUUCCCGGCAGGCAACGGCCACGUGAUUGUAGAUGAAGCCCACACAAACGGAUUAAUCGGACCAAAGGGAAGGGGAGUCGUUUCCCACCUCGGUUUGGAGAAGGAUGUACUUGUAAGGCUAAACACCUUCGGUAAAGGGUUCGGAACUUCUGGAGCUGUCGUCCUGGCCUCCCCUCUCAUUCGUAAUUUCCUCCUCAAUUACGCCCGACCGGUCAUCUACACCACAGCAUUGGCUCAAUUCAAUGUCAUCUCCAUCAGUUGCACUCUGGAUUUUCUGGACAAAGGAAUCGGUGAAAAGCUCGCGCAUCAGAUGACCGAUAUCUCAAAUUAUUGCCGUCAAUCCAUAUCAAAGUGUCUCGCACAGUACCCAUCAAGUGGAAUUGCUCUUGUUCCAUCGGAAUUGGUUGGUGGCAUCGCGUCGCCCAUUAUACCUAUCAUCGUUACCCCUCCCCUCCCUCUCGCUCUUUUCCUUCAGUCACGAGGCUUUAUGGUCCGACAAAUUGCAGCCCCGACAGUUCCCAAGGGUUUGGAGAGAGUACGGCUAUGCGUGCAUGCCUCCAACACAAAACAAGAAGUGGACGACAUGAUACAAGUGCUGGACGAAUGGAUGAGGGAGCACUUUCCAGAGACGCCGAAGGCGAAACUAUAG